CGCUGCUAGCAGAAGCCACAACCUGCUUAUCUGGGCGCGCUCGGGCUGCGCUUCAGCAGGGCUGUGUGUGGGCGCGCGCGCGGCUGCGGCUGAAGCCCGGGCUGGGCAAUUGCGCUCACCUUUCCCUCGCUAAGCCGCCGGGGCAAGAGAGAGGGGUCGGCUGGCGGUGCGCCUUCGCCGGGCAAGAGGCGAAUGUAGGCAGGGAGAGAAGAUGGUGCUCCGAGUGUUCGUCGCUUCCCUCUCGGGCUCCGUGACGGUGAGUGGGGGAGAAGGGGAAAGGGAGGGCGAAUGAAGGCAGGCGGGAGCCGCCUUGCGCUGCGCUCCUGAGGGGACUUCCUUGGGGAAAGCCCCGCGGGCGACUGGCGGCUGGUCCCCAGGGGGACGCUGCGUCCCCUCAGCGCCGAACCAGACGCACCAGAACCGCCGCCCUGCAGGUGAACGGAAGGAGGGAGGGGAAUCCCCGAGGAAACCGUCUCAUCACCCCAGAGGUGGAGCAGUUCCAUUGAAUGGAGAGCAUUUCGGGUUGCCCUAUGGACGCUUCUGCGUCGCUCCCCGCGGAGGGACAGCUCUCUGUUUCACCUCGGGCUGGCCGAGAAGAAGGCGCUGGCUUUGGCUCACCCCGAGCUCUAGCGGCCCCUUUGGCACCCAGCCCGGCAGGACCUCCUGACGUGGUGCCUGGGUUUCUGAUAAACGGGGCUUCUUUCCUUCCUACAAAAAUAAGGCCAGGGAGACGAAUCCUUCCUCCUUCCAACCAAUCAAGCAGCUCAAAAACAGCACCAGGGUUGCAAACUUGAAUAAAAUAUUUUGGGGGAGGGCAGGUAAGCCCCGUCCCACGUAAUCCAUCACAUGACCUAUACUAUUUGAAUGGCAAUGCCCAUCAACUUGUUGGGGGGGGGGCUCAGAUAUUUUAUUUUUUGGGGAGUUGGCAAAGGGACCUCAGCCCUUAGGAGUUCGCUCCUGUGGUCUGAAGCGUUUUUGUCCCCUUUGGUCUCCAGCCCUGGAGGGGCCCCAUGUGGUAGUAGUAGUUGUAAUAUGGCGAUCUGGGUUUCUGAUUUUGGACUUCUGUUUGUGAAAAGGUCAGGGAGACAGUUGGUUUUAAGUAAAAAGGGGGAAGGAUUAAAGCACCUCAAAAUCAGCACAGGAUGAUGAAUGCUCUACUUGGGAUGGGGAGGGGAGAUGCUCAUAAGCUCGCAUGGCUUGGGGAGCUGUUGGAUCUGCUCAGAUUGCUGCACAUCUAGACUGUGGUUCUAUUCACACGUAUUUGGGCGUAAAUUGAAACUUGAUGCCACAAUGCACUACUGGGUAAACAUAUAAUCAUCAUGUGCAGUAAGGCAAAUUUCAUUAAGGCAUUGUAAUAGAAGACAUUAAGAGACAGAAGAGGCAAAAAAAAUAUUUACGUAACUGAACCAAAACGUGUGUGCUGAAAUAUAAUUUAUACUGACACAUGCUGAACUGUUGAACAAAAACUUGUUUUCUUUCCCGGUACCAUAAAAUAUAGACUAGUGUAAGUCAAAGACAUAUGGUAAAUAUUAAUGUCUGAGUCACUGCGAUCCUAACAACUUAUCUCCCGCUGUUAGAUUUAAUGAAUAAUAUUGACACAUGAUGAACAAAUGUGCUGCUUAACCAGUAGUAGAUGGCUUUAAUUAAUAUAAAGAUUUUUAGGUCACUUGAAAACCUGCCUUUUAACUGGUUAAUCGGUUUACAUUGAGGUAUACUUGUUUUUGCUGGAACUUCAAUGGAAGUGUCUUUUGAGUUUGAAAUAUUGAAGGAAGUGCAGCAUGACUUGCAGUGUAAUAGGCAAGAGGUGCAGCUUUUAGCUGGAAGGAAAGGCCAAGUUUACUAUUCCCACCCCUCAUCCAUGUUAUGGUAACACCCAAGAACGAAAACAGCCUCUUGUAAUAGAACAGUGUCACUUGUAACUUACAGAUGUCUCAAUUUUAAAAUUGUUCCCUGCCAUAAUUGCCCCACUCCAAAUCCUAUACAUGCGUACUUCAUAGAAUUGUAGAGUUUGGAAGGCCCUACGAGGAUCAUCUAGUCCAACCCCCUGCAAUGCAGGGAUUUUUUGCUCUCCAAGGGGCUCCAAUGACCCUGAGAUUAAGAGUUUCAUGCUCUACCAGUGUCAUUUGCCACUAAGACUUUCUCAGUAAAUAUGCUUAUGAACUACUUAAGCUGAAUGAACUACAUACUGAGCCAAGCUUUCAGCCCUUGUUCAUAGUUCCCUAGCCCAUGACCUGUGGGAACCUAUUCUGCACACCAUCUUAAAAUAGUCCUAAAUGCUCAAGAAAUGCUUUCAGGUUUCUGUGUUAGCAGCAAAAAAAAAUUAAAGUGUCUUGCGGCACCUUAAAGACUAACUGUAUAAUUCUAACCAUGUUUACCUACUAGUAAGACCUAAUGAAUUCAGUGAGACUUAACAUCAGGUAAGAGAAUGCAAGGCUGCAAUACUAACUCCAGUCAGGAAAAUCCAGUCCCUGGUUGGCUGGGCAGCCACAAGGCAUGAUGGAGCCACCGCUUCAUCCACAGCCCCAUCACUCAUGCUAGCAGAGGUGAAAGGCAGGGUAGGUAAAUGGCCUUGCUAUCCUGGAGCUGGCACAGCAGUUGGGCUUCAGGGAUCCAGCAGAUUCCAGGAUAGUACAACCACUCCCUGAAAUGCCCCAUUUUGAAGCUUUCCGCAGAUUACAAACAGUGAGGAUCUUGCCGGCAGUAUUUCUGCUAGCCCAUUUGGUGUGCAUCUAUGCCAGUCAAGUGAUUCACCCCAGCCCAGUGCAAAAGAGGUUUGGGUUGAAGCUUUAGUGUCUAAGGUGCUGCAGGACUCAUUGUUGGACUUAGGCUCUGGACUGCAAUACCUUAAGGACCACCUCUCCCCAUAUGAACUGACCCAGGCCCUGAGACCAUCAUCUUAAACCUUCCUUCAUGUGCCUUCUUCACAGAAGGUCCAGAGGAUGGCAAUAUGAGAACGGGUCUUUUCUGCAGUAGCUCUUCAUUUGUGGAAUGCUCUCCCCAGGGAAGUUUGUCUGGUGCCUUCAUUUAGGUGCCAGGCAAAAGUUUUCCUCUAUAGCCUGGCCUUUGGCAUUUAACUACAUAUAGCUUUUUAGAAGUGGGUGGGGUAAGAUUUUUUAAUGUGUUUCUCUUUCCUUUUAGUUUUAAUGUAUCUAUGUGGGGUUUAUUGUUUGCUUGUUUAUUUGCUUGUAAGUUGUUUUUGGUUGCCCUGAGCAAGAGAAAGCAACUAACAAAUUUAAUAAAUAAGUAAACUUAGCUUGUAUAUCUUAGUCUGCAUUCUUGCAACAGCACCAGUUUGGUAUUAGUCUGAUAAUUUGAAGGUCCUAGGGCCAAGCAAACUAUGUCACAUUGAAAAAUUAAAUAAAUUGUCACAGUCAUGUAGUAUUACUAAAAUCAAAUCAAUAUUUCUUCUGGCUUUGUGUUAGUGGUUCAAAUGUCCUAUAUCUUUGCCUUGGUGUAAUUGCUUUUUCAUAUAACCAGAGACAACUGCGUAUCCAUUUCAUCUUGUAAUCCAUUUAUCUAUUAGGACUGGUAAUUCAGAUUUCUGUAAUUCUGCUAAUUCUGGUAUCUGAAAAGGUAAUCUGAUUGUAGUUAUUGAUCCAUAUAUGUUCUUGAGCAGACUUAUUGGAGAGCUUCUCUGUGAUGGCAAUGAAUUGUGCUUCAGUAAUGCUGGUACUGAACUUUGCAUUCUGUACAAACAUAUACACACUGCAUCUGUAGACCGUGCAUUUCUGCUGGAAGACUUUUAGCUGUAUAAUAUCUGUGUUCAUUUUAUUGGCACAAUGAAAGUGGAACCUCCUAAUACAGCUUAGCAUGAUGCAUAUGCAGUGCUCAGUGGCUAAGUACUAAUGGCCAAUAACAAUUAUUUAUCCACGUCAGGAGCCUGCUGUGUAAACAUAGAUUCUUUUUGGCACUUGUACAAUGUACAGUCAUUGAACACUCAUAAUAGAAGCCUUCCUCCUAUUAUUACUGUCAGUUAUUAGCAGCUAGCUUAUAUUGUAGUAAUGCAACACCAACAUCUUUCAGUUUUGUCACAUGUUUUUUUUAAAAGGGUGCAGAUGCUUUCUGUGUAUGACAGAGGUAGGGAAUCUUUUAUAGCCCAGUGGACCAGAUUGUUAUCUCCUCUACCUCCCACAGGCCAAGUUUGACAGGUGGGUAGAGCUGCCCACCUGUCAACCACUUGAUGUCACAAUUAUGUCAAGUGACCUUUUUUUUUGCUGUAGGGCUCUUAAGGAAAACUCCUCAAAAUAUUCUCUCCCUCUGCACUUAGAAAAUGGCUUUACAGGUGCCUACAAACACACUGUCAGCCAAACCCUGGCCUUACCUGCCCCACAUUGGGCAUCAUAACAAGACAGGUGUGGGCAGGUAGGCAUGGCUUGGCUGAACUGGCCUCAUGGGCCUAUUUAGGCCUGCAGACUGGAGGCCUCCCUGUUACGUAUGGCGUAAAAGCUAGGGUACUGUAAGAGAUGGGUUGCUUAGCGCACCUUGGAGUACAAGAAGUGCUAACCUUGUUUUUCCAGCAGAACUUGAGAUAUGCAGGUGGAACUCCCAUGAUAUAUUAGCAGUGCAAUUCUGCUGGUGAAGAGGUGCUGACAGGGCUGGCAAAAACAGGGUGGAAUCAUGGGGGAGGAUCACGACUUUACCCCCAUUGGCUGCCAGCUUUUUACACCAGGAAUUUCUUCCAUUUCUGCCAUAGUGGCAUGACAUAGCAUAAGAUAAGGUGUUGUUCAACACCCAGUUGCAUCACACCACCAAUUGUAUAUGAACCCUGCAUAGGGAGAUAACACAUCAGAUAAGAAGGUGCAGUGCAUCCCGGGGCCAUAUAUCUCUGGCUCCAAGUCACACAUACCUAGAGCUCACAAAGGAAUGUCCUGGUUUUUGGGGAGGGGAACUAUGGAGAAAGGAGCACAUUACCUAACAAGGGGGCUUUUCUGUGCACAUUGCUAACGCUUCCCCUACUAGAACCCUGAUAGGUACUCUGCCACGAGAGGAUCAGCCUCCACUCUGUUCCAACAAAGUGAGUUCCCAGGAGAGAGUACCCCACAUGGGUAAACAAGGGAAGAGAGGAAACCACUGUUUUAGUGGAUAACUGCUGCAGCCAUCUACCACUUCCUUUGUCAUAUGCAAAUACUUGGUUCCUCCUUGCAGGCUUUGCUCAAGGGCCAGGCCUUCCACUCCAGCCAUUGCCACUGCUGCCCAAUUCACCAACACUGAUGGUGUUUAAUAAAGGCUGUAACAAUUCCAGCUGUGUCUCUGUUCCUGUGAUGGUCAGCAGAUAGGGUCCUACCACCCUUCCCAUUGUAAUGUACCUCAAGUAUUAGCAUCCAGGGACAGAGGGUUCUUCCCUUGCUUUCUGAAGAUCCUGUGCUUGUUGAUGGUCCUUGUACAGGAUGGUGAGGGGAGCAACCCUAGAAAGUCAUCGCCCUUCUGGCACUCUCCCCUCUUCUUUCCACCUACUCCUGUUACGGUUGUAUCUCCAGCUGUUGGACCAGGAGAAGCGGAGGGGUUUAGGCGCAUAGCAAGGUGAUCCCAAGAGGCACCAGUAAUUAUAAUCUGAAUGAGCAUGUGUGGCUAGAUUGGAUGGUGAGGUCUAAGUGAAAGCUGCCAUGAUGCCCUACAGUCACCAUUUGCCAGUCACUUUGGCUAUGUCAUUGCUGAGGCUCAAGCCUUAUUUAAUCCCUCCCAACCUCAAUUAUAUUCUAAGGGGAAGAGCAAGGGUGAACUCACUGUUUCCUGGAUGCUCUCCUUACACUUCCUUGAGCCCUCUGCAUUAUGUGUUGGGGGCUAAACUUUUGCAGCAGGGUGCCUGCUGUAUUCAAAUUGGCUCCUUAUGUGUUUUGAAACCCCAACCAAGCCCAGACAUGCUUUGGCACUUGCUACUGUUAUGUGCCUCUGCUGCUUGUUUGUGUGGCUCUGUCCAUUCUUUUGAAACGCAUGGGAUGCCUUUGCAGAAAUUUGUACACAAGGAAGUGCUGUGUGUGAGAGAGAGAGUACUGAAAAUUAGCAAUCGAAUCAAUGUUUACUUGUUAGGAAAACCAACAAAAAAAUAUAUUGUAGCAUCUCAAUUUAUUUUAGUAUAAGCCUUCAUGCAUCUGAUGAAAUACACUCCAGUACGCACACUUAUAUGCCAUAACCAAUGUGUCAGCCUUUGAGGUGGGAUAAGGAACCCAGGACCCUCCAGAUGCUGUUGAAGAACAGUUCCCACCAACCCUGAACAUGGGGCAGAUGGGAUUUGGAGACCCACAACAUCUGGAUGAUUGCAGCAUAUUCCAUGUGUUUGCUUCAAGGGAUCCUUCCACUUACAAAAUACCAAUGUAGCUACAUCUCUGGAACUUGCUACUUGGAAAUAGGACCCAAUGGAUCUUGUAUUCACUGAGUGCAAGCCUCACACUCUCAAAUAAGUGUGUGUUUAGGAUUGCAGCUUAUAAUUCUUUUAUUAUUAUUAUUAUAUAUUGUAGCUAAUCUGUUUCUGUGGCUUUUUGUAUUAGAAAAUCAAUGGAGCAACAAACUUUUAAGAUGGGAUGGGCAUUGAUAACGCUGAUGAAAUGUUGGACUUGAUUUUGUCCAGCAGUGGUUCAUCUUUUAUUGCAUCAAAUGCAGACCUUUCCUCAAAGCCGGCAACAAUGAAAAGCUGUUUCUGCACAUGAAAUGCAUCCCCUCUGAGAACCUCUCUUCCACUUCUUCUCCCUACCCCGCUACCACAGAAAAUAGGUUUCUCUUAUUUCCAAGUGUGCCUCACUAAUCAUGUGGUGAGUGAUUUCAUUUCUGGCAGCACUUAUUUGGAAGAUGAGGGAAAGGAGGGUAACUGAAUCUCCUUCUUGGCAAUUUGCGCUGUCAGAAAUUGCAGUGCCAAGCAUCUAUCUGGCUUGGAGAGGUACAACCCACUUCACCACACAAGCUUUUUGGGAUCAAGUGUGCUGCUUCUGUAUCCCGCCCCGCCCCCCGUUAUUGCCUUUCAUUGUUGAAAAACAAUAUCUGAAUUUGAUCAUUUUCUGUGGGUUUGAAAAAGAAAACAUUCAGUGCAAUGGCAAUGUCAGACAAUUGGAAUGCUUUGUCUGGCUUCUGAUGGUGAGACGUGAAUGCAGUUGGAGAAGGCAUCUUCUGUUGGGAUACUGCCAGGGAAACACAGUCCAUCAUGGCCCCCAAGCCGCCUCUGGACGUCCGUCGAUCUCCCGUAGACACGCAGUAUCAGCAAUUAGCGACAUGAGCUCCAGAAAUAGCCUGCCACAUUCUAGAGCCAAUGCACGCUCUAUCAGCAGAUAAUGCACAGCAAAAGUUGCACGCAGGAGAGCAUUAUUUACAAGUUUUAUUCAGCGUUGAUCAGAACAAAGAAAAACAUGACUGCCUGCUUCAGUGUCUCUGACACACAGAGAGCGAAAACAAAGACACAACAGAAACAUCCUGUGAAACAGGAAAUACGCAGGCUGUGUGACUCAGAAAGCCUGCUCCCUUUUAAGGUGGAAUGAAAAUAUCCUAACAUCUUCUGCCUAAAAGAUGGCCUCAUACUCUACUGAUCUUGGCAUUCUGUUGAAGAGGGUCUCCUACAUAAAGCAUCUCGGUUCUGCACUGUACAGGAAUUGGGCCUUAAGUGUGACACCUACCGUUUGGAACUUCAUCCUGUUAUAUAUCAGACAGGCCCCAUCUCUGUUGCUCUUUUGGCAUCUAUUGAAGACCUUCCUUUUCCAUCAAGCCUCUUAAAUAGAAAUCUUUAUCCUAGUUUGCAUCUGCUGUACUGGAUUUGAAUUUUUUUAUUCAUAUAGAAUCAUUUUCAAAUGCCAAAGUUUUUUGUUUUUUUACCAUGAAAUCGCUUUAAGGUAUUUUAUGGAGGGAAACCUCUCAGAUCCACGCUUUCUAGACACAGGACAAGCAGAAGUGUGGACAAGCCCUUAAAUGGAAUCAAAUAAAGCAUCCCUUCAUUUCCAUGCUGGUAGAAUACACAUUUGAAGUUCUAGAAUUGUAGGUGCCUGUUCUUUCACCGAAUAAAAUUAGUUUUGCUGGAGUUAUAAGUCCUUGCUCAUUACUUCUUUGGAAGUGUGAAGGAAAUAAAGCAACCCUUCUUGGGAAUGUAAGGCUGGAAGUUUUCCAUCUUAACUUGUUGACACCUGUCUGGCGACUUCACAUUUUUUGUGCCUACUUCUAAACUGCUUAAUACAGUAUUGACAUUUGUUUAGCCGACUCUUGUUAUCUAUCUGCUGAUUCUGCUUUCGGGCUAAGCUGCUGAAUAAAUUUGCUCCGACGUGCAGAAAUGCUAGUCCUGUGUUCCCUACCAGUUGAUGAGCUAAUUGUCUCUGUUGAAAGGGGGAGUGUAAGCUCUGCUUGUGAACCAGCUGACAAAUAACAUAUUUCAGAGGUUACUGCAUUUUGCUUUGUCCAUUGGCAUUAAUGCAUUCACCGAGCUGAGCUUUCCCCAUUUACAUUCAAAAUGUGUGUGUAUGUGUAUGUGUGUGUGUAGCAAUUAGCAAGUGCAAAUCUCUCCCCCCACCCCUUCCUAUAUUAGAAGUUUGGAAUGGUGCACUUCAGUUUUAUUCUUUUGGUCACUUUAAAGGCACUGGAACAAAAAGUGCACUCUGUAUAUUAAUUACUUGUAUAUGAAUGUUAAUGUGGAUUAACUAGGCACUUGCCAGUGUGGAGCAGUGAGAGACAGUGUGGUGUAGUGGUUAAGAGCAGUAUGGUGUAGUGGUUAAGAGCGGUAGUCUCGUAAUCUGGUGAACCGCGUUCGCGUCUCCGCUCCUCCACUCUUCCACAUGCAGCUGCUGGGUGACCUUGGGCCAGUCACACUUCUUUGAAGUCUCUCAGCCCCACUCACCUCACAGAGUGUUUGUUGUGGGGGAGGAAGGGAAAGGAGAAUGUUAGCCGGUUUGAGACUCCUUAGGGUAGUGAUAAAGCGGGAUAUCAAAUCCAAACUCCUCUUCUUCUUCUUCUUCUUCUUCUUCUUCUUCUUCUUCUUCUUCCAGCUGACCUGCAAGUAUUUGGCUUGCUAGUUUGACACAGGAUAUGCAGUCUAGUGUCUCAUGGUCCCAUUGACUUUCAUGCCUCCUUGAUACCUUCUGCCAAAGUUGACCAGUCAUCAGAGCUGUUGUGCCUCUCUGUUCCCAUCCUGCCAAGAACAUAGUCCUGCACAAGAGUUUCCCCUAGCCCAUCUUUCCCACUAAUCCACCAGAUGGGUGGGGUAUAAAUAAAAUUAUUAUUAUUAUUAUUAUUAUUAUUAUUAUUAUUAUUUCUCGUCUCUUUAGACUCAUUUGUCCUGAGGCCCUUUCCUGCCACUGCAUAUAAACAGCAGAUUAUUUUCCUCAUCUCCCUGCUAUAUGUUCUCUAUAUUUCAUCCCCAUGGCCUAUGUCUUCCCUUUAUUUCAGCUACGCUUCCUCUAGGGUAUCUCUCAGUCUUCCAUGCAUCCUGGAUUGAGAGUACAGUAUACGCCAUCAAAUUUGAAACAACAAAAUGCACUCCUUUCAUGGGGUGUAUACACACUACCCACACUAGCAGGAAAAUGUAGCUUUUUUCACUUCCCUGUGUCUACAGGUAGUGGAGUAGACUUGCAUAGCCACCUUUAUUAAAAUACGAUGAUGUAUACACAGCAUAUGCUUGUAGUUUUUGAAGCAACCCUGAGCUCCCUUACGUUCCUAUCCUAAUCCUCUCUUUUACUUGGUCAGCAUUGCUGGUUCUUGACUACAUCUCUCCUCCUGGUGCUGAGAUUGACAAUCUGUUCCUGGUAGAUAGAUGUAUAUAAUAUGUGUAACACGAUGCACAGUGAAAAACACAUGUCAUUGUUGUAAAUGCAGUAGUGUAUCUCCUGUGAGGUUUUGCUUCCUAGCCAAAGUUUCCUUCGCAGAAGUUGUACUUCUUCACAACAGUCUGUCAAUGAACUUUUCCCCUUCCAGCAAUUAGAACAUUUUGCAAACAACCCAGGCAAAGAUUGUAGUUGAUAGUUAAAAUGAUAUUAAAAGUGGCUAUUAUGUGUCACUGUCUCAGUUAACUCCACAAUUCUACAGUUCUAUGAUUUUAUGAAGUAGUGUGGUAACCCACUAUUUUAGGAAAUACUGGACUACAGGAUAACACUUAUUAAAUAUAAUUGUGCUAACAAGUGAAAAAAGGGAUUGUAUGAGUAUGUGUAUUAUUAUUGUGUAUGCAUUUAAUUAUAUAUAAUUAACUGCAUACAUGUAAUACAAUAUAAUCUCCCCCCCCCCACUUGUUAACAUAAUUACAUUUAAUAAGAGUUGUCUUCUAGUCAAGCAAAUCCAUGGUCUGUAGACCUUUUUUUUUUGGCUAAGAUUACAUGUUUGAGCAUAGAAAAAUGUAAUUUUCACAAAACAGAAUGUUAGGUUAAAGGAAUUAAUGUUGAGUAUACUCAACAUUCUGGAUGUCAUCCGGUGAACCUGCAUUUUUUGAAAUUGAGGAAAUACACUUCUGCUGUAUUUUUGAGGAGGACUAAUGCGCCUGUUAUCUUGCAAGCAAAACACAAACUCAUACCAGUGAUUCUAGAUGUGAACAAUAUAAUGUAUAUGUAUAACAUUACAAUAACUCCUAGGCUGCAUUGUUAUGCUCAUGGGACUAAAUGCAAUUUACAUCUGAGUAAGCAAAUACUGGUAUAUGUUGCCAUUUAUUGUAGCUGUAGCAGGAACCCCCCACCCCAAUCAUUCAGUUUGUACAAACUUCACACACUCACACUCACACACUACAUAUGCCACACUUCUGUUAUAAAUUCAUAGAAAAAUCAACCAUACAUCGGAUUUGCACUGUUCCAUUUUUAUUUUACUCCAUAUGACAAGGACUAUCAAAGGGGGGUGGCUUGGUUCUGGUCAGCCAUAAUCCCUUCACCAUCCCAGCACAUCCACAGGAGCCCUGCCCAGUUGCUAUGCCAACCCUGAUGGUCCUAGACAGAAGACCAUCAAGAUCACAAAGAACUUGCAUAUGGGAGUGGAUUCAGCAUGGACUGAAACAAAGGACAAUGAUCAGAUCUUCCCUCUGGGGGCAGGAAACUGCCAACUCCCCUUUGUCUCCUGGAGGUGACUCUGGGCAGGGGGAAAGGACGAACCAGCCAGGUGACAGGACACUCAGGUUACCACCACAACUCCUCCCUCAACCCCUCCUUUCUGUAAUGUAUGCAUGAUGUUUCUGGGGGUGGGCUUGACCUAGAGGAUGGGAAUUUCAAAAGUUUUUAUAAGGUCUUGCACACCAUCUUUCUGUGUCUUUCCUCUCUCCUGCAAGUGAGGGGAACACCCUGUUGCAACAGUUCAAUAAAGGCCAAGCCUACAGGCUGCUGUUUUGCUCCAAGUUAUCCUGGUUGGUGUCUUUGUUUUUGUCCAAGGGAGCCCUCGGAUUUUUCCGGUAACAUAGCGCACUAUAUUGUGCUUCUAUCUUUGCCAUUUUUCAGACUGGAGAUACGAGUGAAAAACACUCACCAGAUUGUGCUCUAUGGAUUACUUGCUGUGAACAACCCAUCUGUAAAUCUCCAUUUUCUGUCUUCUGAACAGUCAUUAACAAUGUAUGUGCAUACAGACAUGUCCUUCAUGAAUUGCCAUUACUAAAUACAUUUCCCACUUACAACAGCCAGCAACAGCAACAGCAAAGAUGUAAAAGGCGCAUAACAGGCAUUAAGAGAGCCUGAAUGCUAUUUUUUUUAAGAGGCAAAAGGAUUGCACCGUGUUAUAAGGACUAGACAGAUUGUGCCAGCUUGAUUAGAGGGCAGUGCAUCAAACAGCGAUCUUUGCAAAAAUUAACCUCCCACUGCUGGGGGUUUUUUUUAUGUUUAAAAACUGGAGAGCAUAUUGCAUGAUAACAUUCUCUCAUCUCCCCACGCCCCAAAUGUGUGGCACAUUAGAAGUUAAUUGAACAUCUGCCUGAAGAAGCCAGCAGCUCUCCUGUGAUGUACAUAAUGAUGCGGUUGCCAUGGCAAAUAGCCACCGAAUCACUGAUUUUCGCCUUUCUCAGGCCCCCAGCGGGGCUUCUUAACGGAGUAUUGCUCAGAUGAUCCCAGCAUAUGUCUUAGCUGAGUCAAUGGCCUGCUGGAGAAAUGGUUUUUAUUGACUGUUGCCUAAUUUCGCUCCAUAACAUCAACCCUUUCCCUUGAAUUCAAGUUUAAUUAUUUGUAAGGAAACAAGAGAACCUGCCCUUUUCUGUUGAGGUGUCAACAGAGGCAAAUUGGUAGCUUCAUGUAACCCUAGAAAGCUAGAAAGCGAUGACAAGGCCACUUAACCCACCCUGCGCUUUAAGAGUAAUCCAGAAUAAAAUUGCUUUGGAGUGAAUUUUGUGCAACCUAUUGCGACCAGGAAUUCUAUAGGUUCACAGAAUAGUAAGAUAUUCAGGCAUAGCCCAUUGGAAACGUUCUUCAGUUUCCAGUGAGGGGCUUCAAUGCAAAUAUGAAAAUUGGACAUCUUCCAAAAAAAAAAAUAUCUAAUUUCAGUCAGUUUAGCAAUGAAGAAAGCUCUUAUAUAUCAAACACAUUGUUGGCAUCCAUCUCUCUCAAGAGACAAUGGAGUGUGCAUCUGGGGGUGAAGUCAAAUGGCUGCUUUAGCAGCACGCAAGGUUGCAUGGGGUGCAAGGUCCCGGGCUGCCCAGAUAAGAAGACCCACUCUUAGCCUUUCUGCUGUGGUCCAAAGGAAGGCACCAGCUUGGCUGCUGGAGUUGCCGGAAGGAGGCGUACAAGGUGCCUUCCAAUCAUCUUAGCGAUUCAACUCUGGAUUUGUUUAGUGUUUACCCCUUUGCCUUUUCUCAGGGAGAUACUCUUUUUUAUCAUAACAGUUGUAAUCCUCUCAAGUCAGUUUAGAGGUGGCAGGCUUGGGGAUUUCUGUCUUUCUCCUCAUCACAGCCCUGCAAGGAAGGCCAAACUGAGAGGCAGAGGCUGAAGAUCACGCAUCAUGAAUCCACAUUCAGAUAGCAAAGAUGCCUUGUGUUGCUUCCUUCAGUUCGGCAGUGACGGAAGCUGUACUCUUCUCUUUUAUCAAAGCAUAUUAAGGCCCAGGCAAGAUGCUGGUUGCGUUAUCUGGCAUUUAGACAGGAUAAGGUGAACAGCUUACUAUGCUCUAGUGAUUUAUUCCCUGAGGGAACCAGCAGAAACAAAAAACUAGAAAGCAGGCACAGCCAGUUAAUAAGACACCCAUGGCUGCGUCAAGCACGUCUGCCUGCCUUAUGUAAUGAGGUUGCAGACAGAGAGUCCCGAGUGCUGACAGUAUACUGAACUAAAUACCAAAUACCAUUCGUUCAUAUCUUGAGUCUGAGUGUGGCUCCAUCUUGUCUGCCUCUCUUCACCCCUAGCUACAUCAAGUGGAAGUGUAUGGUGAUCUACUCAUUGUUCAGGUAGGUUAGCUAAGCCGUACUGGCUGGCGCUAAUGGGCGCUGUAGUCCAAAGUAUUUUCAAGGCAUGAUGAACGUGUCUUCAAGGCACCAGGCUGAUGGGUUAGUCCUGUUCAGUGCCUUCAGUGCUUCCCUUGUUGUCACAUGGCUUAGGUCAGCUCCUUUGAAUUUGGAUGUAUCAGGGAGACUUUUCUGCUUGUAUCUAAACCUGCCCAUUGAUUCAGAGAAUAAAAAACCUGUGGGGGAAAAUAGAAUUUAAAAUUGGCCAUAGGAAUGAAAAGCUGCAUCCUUGGGUUCAAUAGUUGCACUUAAGAGACCUGCAUCGACAAGAACAUUUUUUGCCUCCCAGUUCUACCAUCAUGGGGUUGUGAUUGGGGGGGGGGGGAAUGCAGGAAAUCCAUCACACUUAAAAGCCCUGUUGCUAGAAAUCAAUUGUACUGCAUGUCUUCAAAGUAACUUUAUCCCACUAACUUGGUUUGCAUAGUGUCUUAGCAAACAAUUAAUUUGCAUCCUGAUUUUGUUUUGUUCCCCCUGCCCCCCCCCCAUCCCAGAUAAAGAAGAGGCAGCAAGACAUUGUACGAUUUCUGGAAGCCAACAAGAUCAACUUUGAAGAGGUGGAUAUCACCAUGUCGGAGGAGCAAAGGCGAUGGAUGUAUAAAAACAUUCCUCAAGACAAACAGCCUGCACAAGGCAACCCGCUCCCACCCCAGAUUUUCAAUGAUGAUCAGUACUGUGGAGUAAGUAACUUUUGAAGCUUCUAUCUUUCUCACCUGUGUUAGCUUUGGCCAUCCUCAUCUUUGUGAACUGCAUAAGCACCACUGGUUUUUCCUGACAACUCAAAAAUCGAGAGAAUGACCAUAGUGGUACUUGUUGUUGUUCCCAUCCUGCAUUGGUAGAUAGCAUGGCAAUGAGGAAUACCCUAUGCAGAAUGGUCAGGGUUAAUGCUCAACUUUUGAUCUGUUUUUUGGUAUUUCCUACACUAACAAUUCUGUAUUUGGAUCCUAAAUGCUUGAUCGUCUUUGUGUUGGAGCCAUGCGCAUGCUGCUUUGGGAAAUUUCUAGGGCAGAUUAUUGACUCAUUCCAUUAUUCAGUAUCAUCAUUAAAAAGUCAUUAAAAAGAAUAUUAAAAUUGUUAUUUCUAGUACCAGGGUUGUUUUUCUUCUGUAUCCAAAAGGUUUGGGUUACUUUCUAGCCUAUUGCUUAUUGUAGGCAAAGGCAAACUCGGCCUUCCAGAUGUUUUGGGACUACAACUCCCAUGAUCCCUAGCUAACAGGACCAGUGGUCAGGGAUGAUGGGAAUUGUAGUCCCAAAACAUCUGGAGGGCCGAGUUCGCCUAUGCCUGGCUUAUUGGCGACAUGUUAGUUUUAAUUCCUAAGCAAGUUCUUUUUGAAGGCUUUUUCAUACAAAAUUUGUCAGUGAAAUUCUACUCAGUAUUGAUCCAGAGCAGAUUCCAGUGUAUAGUUAGCAGAGUAAAAACUUCCAGAACCCUCUUGAAUAAAAUAGAAUAGGAAAGAUCUCUACACAUCAGAUCAAUACUUUCUGCACUAAGAAAUGCCAACUGACAAAAUUGUGGUCCUGAAGUGGUUUCGUUCUGCAAAUGUUUUAACACUUACCUUGUAAGAUCAGACACAUGUAACCUCUUUGCUGAUAAUGACUUCAUUAUCCCGCUCACAAGGACUUGGCAGUAACUGGGCUAUGGGAUGUGUAUUUGAACAGAAGACUCAUCUGACCCUGCAGUUCAUCCUUAGAUGAAAGGAUUGUGGACUCAAGGAGAUCCAGCACUCAAAUGCAAAAAAGUGCACAAAUCACUCAUUAUGACACACACACUCUCCCUCUCUCUCUCUCUCUGUGUGUGUGUGUGUGUGUGUGUGUGUGUGUUUUGGGGUGCGGUUGGGGAAGGACAGGAUUAUUGAAAAGAUCUUAAGGCCUAACCUUCAAAGCAUGACCAAAACCAUUCAUGUGUGUGUGUGUUAGCUGGGUUCGCUGUUGUUGUUAUUGGGGGUUGGAGCUAAUCUUACUAGUGUUUGUGCAGUAAUUGCUGUGUCCCCAUUGGAUUAUGAUUGAUCGGCAGAGUUGACCCCAGGCUUGUGGGGCAUGCCUAAACACCCACCAUCCUUGGACUGAGCCAACAUCUGGAAAUACCCUUGCACUAUUAUUUAAUGCCAACAUAAUGGGACGAUUCUGUUAAUAUAUCUGAGUUCCCAGCAUCUGCUUUAAUCUCGUUCUAGUUGCUUGAUUGUGCUGUCUUUGCAAUUAAGUGUAAUGAGCACCUGAGCUUUGAAAAUUGAUACCGUAUUUUUCGGACUAUAAGACGCACUUUUUCCCCUCCAAAAAUGAAGGGGAAAUGUGUGUGCGUCCUAUGGAGCGAAUGCAGACUCCUUGGCUUCAGCGAUAGCAAUGCGAAGCCUCCGAAGCCUGCGCUCCGGAGGCUUCGCGUUGCUUCCGCUGAAGCCAGGAGAGUCUGCUCUUUGAGGCUGGCGGUGGGGGAAAGCAGCGCUUCCCCCAUCACCAGACCCAGAGGAUGGGGGGCAGCGGGAAGGCGCGCGACGCCUUGCCGCUACACUCCAACCCGGCUCGAGGCUGGCGGUGGGGAAGCAGCGCUUCCCCAUCGCCAGCCCCAGAGGAUGGGGGCAGCGGGAAGGCGCGCGACGCCUUGCCGCUACCCUCCAACCCGGCUCGAGGCUGGCGGUGGGGAAAGCAGCGCUUCCCCAUCGCCAGCCCCAGAGGAUGGGGGCAGCGGGAAGGCGCGCGACGCGUUGCCGCUACCCUCCAACCCGGCUUCGAGGCUGGCGGUAGGGAAAGCAGCGCUUCCCCCAUCGCCAGCCCCAGAGGAUUGGGGGCAGCGGGAAGGCGUGCGACGCCCUCCCGCUACUCUCCAACCCUCCUUUGGGCUUUUGCGGGAGAUGGGGGAAUUCCCCCACCUCCCGCAAAAGCAGGCAAAAGCCGCGCGCUCUUUAAAGGGGCUCCGCGGCUUUUCUAGGAGCCCGCAGGAGCCGCACACCCUUUAAAGAGCAAGCGGCUCUUGGGGGCUUUUCCCCAAGGAGGGAGAAGGGACUGACUGGCCGAGUCAGUCCCUUCUCCCUCCUGCGGGCUUUUGGGGGAGAUGGGGGAAUUCCCCCACCUGCAAAAGCCCGCAAAAGCCUCGUGCUCUUUAAAGGGGCUCCGCGGCUCCUGCUGGCUUUUCUACGAGGGGGGGAAAUACCCCACCACCUAGAAAAGCCUGCAGGAGCCGCGCACCCUUUAAAGAGCGCGCCGCUCUUGGGGGCUUUUCCCCGAGGAGGGAGAAGGGACUGACUGGCCGUUUCAGUCCCUUCUCCCUCCUGGUCGAAAAGCCCGCAGGAGUCUCGCGGGGCUCCUGUGGGCUUUUGCGGGAGGUGGGGGAAUUCCGCCACCUCCCGCAAAAGCAGGAAGAAGCUCUGGCAGCAGCGGACAGGCUGCACGCAGCCUGUCUGCUGCUCCCAGAGCUGCGGGGGGGAAAUCAUAUUUUUUCCCUUGAUUUCCCCCCCUGAAAACUAGGUGCGUCCUAUGGGCCGGUGCGUCCUAUAGUCCGAAAAAUACGGUAAUUGAAAACGGGAGCUUCAGUCUUGUGAUGGUGGGGUCAUGAGUGAUCUAAAUCUGAUUUACAAAGUAUUAUUGGUGGUUCUGACCGUCCUUGGAAAGCAGCCAAGCUCUGCCCUUUCUUGUUUUAUAUUCAGUGCAGUCUGUGCUUGACAACCUGUUAUCCAUUUCUGCAACUAUGGGAGCUUUCUUUGCCUUUCUGUAUGUUUUCAGAUGUUGUGGAGAAGGGUGAAGCAAACCUCUUUGCAUAUUUUCUCAUGGUUGAGCAAGGACCCUGAAGAUGGGUUUUUGCUGAAGAUUUUUCUGCAGAUAUAAGAGUUAAAAAGAACACCCUGUGUUCAUCAUUUUGCCUCUUCAUUUCUCCCUGUGCAUCAUCAUCAGUAUCAAUUUUGAUUUAUCACCUGCUUUUCAUCCUAGGGCGCCAGGGAGGGUCACAACAAUUUAAAAUACAACAUUAAAAACAAAUUACAUAAUUACAGUGUGUGCGUGAUUAAAAGAGAGAGACAUAAAAUCAUGCUCUGAUGCAUGCUUUGAACACUGAGCUCAAAGGUGAUAGUUUUACCUUUUAAAGCUUGUCACUGUUCUAUGUAUUUAUGCAGAUCCUGCACACACACACAUACACACACACACACACACACACACAAAAUCUGCAAGGCAUGAUUGAUAAAUCCUUUCAAAGUGGCUUAAUGAUCUGUCUCUUCUGGCAGACAGCCAUGGUAAUUUAGUUCAUGCAAGGAGAUGCAAAACUAUACUUCAUUUAUCAGGGAUGCUUCCUGGGUGACAUUUUAAAGACAGCAGGUGUACUCUCAAGUCACCCGCAAAUGUGUGUAAAUGUGAUGUGAAAAUGAAAACACUCAGCACAAUAAGCUGGGUUUCUCUAUUAGGUGAGGACCAGAAUUCUGCUCUUGAAACUGCCAAGGAAGGAACUGUUGCUUCAGUAGGGAUGCUGUUAUACCUGAAUGCUCAUUCAUGGAUGUUCCUGUGGUAGUUCUUGCAUAUGGACCUAUGGCCUGCCAGAUACUGCUGGGCUGCAAUACAACUCCCAUCAUCCUUGGCCAUGCUGGGUGCAGCUGAUGGGAGCUGGAGUCUAGUAACACCUGGAGGACCACAGGUCCCCCCACCACUUAUGGUAGGUAAGUCAGUAGGUCCAACUCUCAAAUUGCAAAGGGGGGACAGAGAAGAUGGACAAGGGAACUGAGGCUGAAAGCAGUUUGCCUAAGGCAAACCAGUGAGUUCAUGGCAGAAGUAAGAUUGAAAGCCAGAGAGUUUCUGAUUUUUGUAGCUCAGUCUCUCAUCCACUUUGCCAUAUCAGCACAGCUAAAUGCUUCCUCAGCUAAAUCCUGGGAUUUGAUGGAAUCUCCCCUUUGUGCAAUCAUUUUAAUUAAAAGGAAGCCUUCUUGUUUUGAUGCUGUGCAGUGAUAACAGGAUCUAAGUACAACUUUUCCAUCCUGAUAUUUUGGGAUCUUGGCUUCCACUUAUUAAUUUCAGGCAAACUUUGUGUAUAGCUCAAAAUGAAGCUGGACAACACCUGCAUGGUUCUGCCUAAAGGUGUUUGGCCCAUUCGUUAUGCGUUGGUGGGAUCCCUGUGUGCUGGGGCUUGUAGAAUUUGGGUCCAUCAAAGACAGCUAUCUUACUUGCCAAACCCCACCAUCCUACUUAUUGGAGUUGUAGGCAGGUAGGGUUGAGAACAGAAUGAGGACAGUUCUUAGGACAUGAAUCUCUUCAUAGAAUCAUAGAGUCGGAAAGAACCACCCCAUGCAAUGCAGGAAUCUUUUGCCCAAUAUGGGGCAAAUCCUUGACACGGGAAUAGUCUCAUUCUCAUCCCCCCUAUUUACAUAAAAAACAAAUCAGGAUUUUUCAUAUUCCCAACAAAUACUUACAAAAACCUUUGAGAGUUUUUGUGAAUACUCAAAAAGAACGCUUGCAAAACACUCGAGUUUCUUCCCAAGGCCGUUGGUGUCAGUUUUUAGAAUCAAAACCAUUGGGGCAUCAUUAAUUAAAAAGCAAACAAGCACCCUUGCCUGUUGGGGAUCCCUUCAUCACAUUAUUUUGUGUGUAAUGUGAUGCUUGCUUGGAUAGAAUAAAGAGAAAUCAACCUUCUUUACAAAAUGGUUUCCUUUCAUGUAAGAGAUAGUGGUGGUGUGUGCAUGUUGGAUACUUGUUAAGACCAGCUUUUGUGUAGGAAUAUCUUAUUGGAGGUAUUAGAAGUUCACUUAACAUUCACUUGAAGGAGGGGCCCUGUUGAGGAUAUGUUACCCCCGCUGCAACCCCCCACCCAGCCCCUGGCAACAGUGCUGAUGGAAUGAAGUGGUUGGAAUCUUCCAACAGCAGCAUCAAAAAUAUUUUUCAGUCCAUGAGCCAUAUGCCUUCAUGGGCCACCUUCCAGGAGCAUGCUAGUGGUGGCCAGAGCAGUGGAUGUGGCAAUGCCAUGAACAAGUCAGAGGUUUCUACACAAACAUGCAUAUCUCCAUCCUCCAGCCAAAUAAAUGAGGUAAAUUAUCACAGUCGAAGGACACAUUCCAGCCAAAGAAGAAACACUUGCAGGGAGGGCCUGGAGCAAGUUCAUUGAGGUGGUUGACCUACCAUGAGUUCUAAGGUUCCACUGCAGCGUUCUGCUGUUGAUCCUGUUAACUAGUCACUUGCCUGAAGAUUUUCAACAGUUAAGUGAAUGUGCUUGAUUACUGUAGAUCCUAUAAAUUGACAGUACAAUCCCCAAAGAAUAUGAAUAUAUUAAACUAUGUGAGGCCUUUUUCUUCAGGGAAGUUUACAGCAGAAUAUCUUGCUUUCCUUUUAGAUGUGUGGAACACAAAUUGCUUCUUGUUGACUGGACUCCAGUGAAUUUUGCCUCUGUUGCCUUUUGGAAUUCAGAUGCCAGCCUGAGCCAAAGCUCAUCAAACUUAGCCAGAGUUUCCUACCAUAUUACCCCCUGUUCAUAUGCUGUGUCUUGCAAGUAGAGUGGCACAGCUGUUUGGUCAUUAUGUGUGCAGGUUGCAUUUCCUUGGCAAAUUGUAUAAUGCUACUGCAGUGAAUACUUCUUGAGCUCCCGGGGAGAAGCUAAACACAUUCUCAAACUAAUUUGCAUGCUUUUAAUGUAAUUAGCAAAAUAACUUGCAUGCCCUUUCCAUUUGUGCUGCAGGUGGUACAUCUAAUUUGGUGGGCAUAUUUCACUUAAUCUCAUUUCCUUCAGGAGAUGGUCUGAGAGCACAUGAUACAGCCACUUUGCAGAAGCUAAGCAGGGCUGGGUCUGGUCAGUGCCUGAAUGGGAGACUUAGAAACCUCUUGUACAGCACCUUGAGUUCCAUCAUGGAAGAAAGGUGGGAUAGAAAUGUGUGCAAAUACAUUACCAGUUCCAUGUGCAAAAUGCUUAAGUCAGCGCUAGGAAAAAGUACCUGGAAAAACUAUUCGAAUUUGGCAGACAUAAUGAACUUAACUGGCUUCCAUUUUUCCAAACGGUUUAAUACUUUCUCUUGCUUUAAUAUACCGUAUAUCUACAAAUGUGAUAUUUUUACUUCUUUAUGUAAAAUCCAAAUAGAAAAAGUGUGGAUUCUAACAAGGCAUGCACAAAAGUGUUGACUGAGAUCUGUUGAGAGGGUUGAUUGGUAAUCCUAAACAUGCUACUUUGCAUUUAUAUGAGCUUUGGAUACAUUAUGCCCUUAAUUCUUACAACAAUCUUGUAAAGCAGAUCAAUGUUAUUCCUUUAUUGCAGAGAAGAGGCUGAAAGUAGGUUAAUUUAAGGGCAAGCUUCAUAUGCAGAAGGCUCCCUUGCAAUAUGGUGCAAGAGUAGAGAAAAUUUGUGGGACGGAAUUAACCCUUUUCCUACCAGAUGGUUCUUGCCAGGUCAUUUUUAAACACUGUGUGCAUGUAUACAGCUGCAUUCCAAAAGCAGAAGCAAGGUGGGAAAUGACCUCUGGGACAUUUGUAGGUGAGAAGAGUUGGGUGCAGGAUUUUCAGACUUUUCUCUAGCAUGUACCUCUUUUCUCCACCACCCCACAUUCAUGUUAUUUCAGCAAAAAACAAAAACAAAAAAAACCAAGUUUGAAACAUAUACCAGUAGCUCCAUCCUAAAGCAAGGUUGUGGCCAAAGCAAGGUCUGAACAGGGGUUUCUUAAGUAAAUGCAGGUUGCACCACCAUUAAAGUGUCCCAGAUUUUGGAACAGCUUCUCCAGCGUUGUAUGCUCAGUCCUCUUACUGCCCAAUUUUAGACAUGUCGUGAGCUGGUCUUAGGUACAAAUAGGGUUUCCUGAAAAAGGAGGAUUGAUGAGUAGCUGCAGGAUGGAAUUUUUAGCCCAAGUAGUUUUCACAUGAUCAGUAGUGAAUGACGUGUCUUUUGUUUCUUUAAGCUUUUAACAACAAAGCCCCUAUUCAGGCCAUAAGGCUCUUAGCAGAAUGCUAAAGCAAUAGGUUGCAAACAAAACUGAAGGGUGACGUUUAAACACACACAGAGGUUUGUCAAAAUAUCAACUCCCGAAAGCAGUGCAGAGAGAGCUUUCAUUUGUAAUCCCACAGAAUCUAAUUGCUCCUUAAAGCCAGGAAUCUGGCCUUUAUUGUCAUUGAGACAGUGAUAUUAAUUCUUUAAGAAGUCAAGGGGUUUGCUAGCUGGCUCUGAAUAAAUUUAUUGAUAUUCCUGUAAGGAAAAAAAUUAAUCAGCUAUCCCUUGCCCAUUUUUGGGGGCGGGGGGCAAGAUAUGAGGUAAACCUGCUAUUGAUUUAUUGAACUUUUGUUUAGAAACCUGCCUUAGGAACAGGUGGCUCUUAGCUAUACAUUUUGGUGCCGCCUCAAGUUACGUUGCAAUCUUGUACAAACUUGCCGGCCUGGGAGUAAUCCCCAUUUAACUCAGUGGGGCCUACUUUUGAGUAGGCGUGCAUAGGACUGAACUGUCAGGUUGUUUGCUUUCUUCUUGUUAUUUUUUAAAAAACUAUUUAACAUUUAGGCAAUUUAACCAGAAAUUGCAGCCUCUACUCCUUUUUUCACGUGAAACUUGAAACUAAGCCAAUAGCUGAGAAAGCUGCAGAACCUGUUUCUGGGAAGUAGGCCUGAACUGUGUGUAGGCUGUUUGGUGAAAUGCCAGAGCUGUUUGCUUCUUACAAUGAACAUAUGUAGUUAUAUUACUGUGAAUUAUUAAUCAUUAUCUCCGCUUCCACUCAGGGCAGUAUGCUCGAUGAACCAAUGAUCUUAUUGAGUUCAUCUGAUAAACAGCUCUUUAUGCUCCUUUGAAUUGCUUUGAUGGUGCUGAUCAUCAAGUGGAAUGUGGCCUGGGUUUAACUAAAUUUAUUCUCUCUGCCUCCCUCCCUCUCUCUCCUUUUUCCAUAUCAAUUACAAAGCAGGAGCGAGAACACACAUUCUCAAAUGAUGGGUAAACUGGAAUUAUCCUUCCAUUACUAUAAUAAAGUUACUCCUUUAUAUAUCAGUAAGCAUAAUUAUACUGCAUCUCUGAUACAAUAUCAGUGGGAUGAAGUUCUAAAAAUAACUUACCUUCCCCCCCCCUUCUCUCUAGGAUUAUGACUCAUUUUUUGAAGCCAAGGAAAGCAACACCGUCUUUACGUUUCUUGGGUUGAAACCUAAUUUGGCAUCAAAGGUGAAUAUUUCAUGAUAUGAGGCUUAAUGAGAUUCAACUUGUAGUUUUCAAUGUAUAUUUUCUUUCUGGAAUAGAUGGCGUGUUCUUUGAUUUGAAAAAUGAAUAAAGGGGUAUGGGAUAUUUUUGGCAACAUCUUAGCUUGAACCUAAAAUAAGCACAAUUGGUUAUUUUUUCAUAAUUUAUAAACACUUAAAGUCACAAUGUACUCAGUUAAAUCCAAGUAGCACAAUUGAUUUUUUAAUUCAGCUAUUUUUAAAUUUCUUUUCAAGUUUAGGGUUUGAUACUAAUAAAAUAUCAAAGAAAUUCAUUGAAACACGUGUAUCUCCUACUGUGUUGCAAACUUACUGGAUUUCCUGGGAAUAUUGCCAAACCAGGUCACAGUUUGCUUUGUGUGUGACCUGGAGUCAUAGCUGGUUCCUUUGGCGUCCUCUUAGUGAGCAGAUAAAGCUUGGAGCCUAUUCCUAUGAGGCACCUUUCCGUUGCUCUCUUAACUUGUUUGGCCCUAUUGACCAUCAGUCCUCCAUGCUAUCUUUUUAAAAAAUUGGGAUUGGCAUAGGGGCAAUUGAGGCUCAGCUACACAAACUAUGAUAUGUAAGCCCUAUUCAUGCAUUUCCUCCUCUACCCACUGUUAAUCACAUGGAAGAGGAAACAGAGAGGAUGACUGCAAUUGCCCUGCUCCUUCUAUCCCAUUCCCAGUCAUUCUCCAUUAAAUGGUGGGUGACCCUCUACACCACUGCUGGGGAGCCUGUGGCCGUGUACUACAAUCCCCUUCAUCCUGUUCCUUGGCCAUGCAUGCUGGGGUUGAUGGGAGUUGUAGUUCAGCGACAUCUGGAGGGCCAAAGCACGAGCCUGUUCUUCUCAUGUAGGCUUCCCAUGUGCUUUUGAAGGGUUCUAAAAUGCACAGGGAGUCUGCAUGAGCAGAGCAGGUGUUUCUCAUUUUCUGUUUUCAACUCCUGCUGAUAAAGUUUUCGUUUAACAUGCUUAUUUGUCAUGUCAUUGCUGCAUUUUUUAAAAAAAUGUAUAUUUCGAUGCUUUAUUAUUUUAAUGUUGUGUGUGGUUCGUUACUUUUGAGUAAUUUUUGUAAGGUAAAAUAAGUGUUUGACAGAAAUAACUAUAUAAUUGUUGGUUCUUUUUUUUUAAAAAAAAAAACAGGAGUCGGAGCCUUAGAACAAGUUCCUUGAGGAUUCAGCAAGCACAUUGUCUGGGUGAAUGAAAUUCUUGAUGUCCAGCACACAACAGCUUCCGUAGUGGAUCACUGUGAUGCACACCAAUAUGCACCAUUAAUAUUUUGUUUGACACUGAAAAGAUGAAAUAAGACAGUGGCUGCAAAAAUGGGGUAUAUGGUGAUGGUAAAAUGGUAAUGACGGGUGGGGGGUGUCCUUCCUUUUUCCCUUUUCUUUUUGCAAACAUAUCUGUGGUGGAUGCUGGGUACCAUUGACCCUAACAGUAUCUGAUGCCACAUUUGAGACAUUACUUCCAUUCUGAAAGUGACAGGUGGGUGUGUUGAAUCUGAUUGUACAGUGAGCAUUGUCAGAGUUUCAGAUGUUUACUGCAUUCUGAGCUGAGAGUUAAUGGCAGGUGUAACCUGCUGUUCUUGAACACAGUUAAAUGCUAAAGUCAGCAGCGUUGAGCUGCAAAGACACCACUCCAACAGAAUAUGUGCUAAUUGUGCUAUUUGUGCUGAAAUGUGCUUAUUGUGGUAGAUGUGGCCUGGUAUUACCUUUCUACUUGGAGGGGGCAGCGAAUCAAAUCUCACAUCUCCCCUGGUUGGUAUUCAGCAGCCAGUUCUUAAAACAACAGCCAUCUUGCAUGUACUUCAUAGAUUGCUCUGAGUUGCAACUUGAUGGAAAAGAAUUAGCUGGCAAGUAUAUUCUAAAAUGAGAAGCUGACAAAAUGGACCUUACCUCUUGAUGAGAACACCAGGCAUGUCUGCCAUUUUGAGCUACAUUACAUGCAUUUGCCAAAAAAAUGUUUUGUAUGAAUUAUAGAUUUCCCCCCUACCUUACAAGCAUUGAUAUUACUUAAAAACCCUAUUGCUGUCAGUGAGAUUAAUUGUAGAACAAAGGUUAAAAUCUGUAGUGUGCCAUGUAAUACAGUAUAAUCAGAGCCUGCAAAAGCAUACAAGCCAGAACCUUAAGUAGAUUAAUAGUUCUAUUGCCUUAAAAGUGGAAGGGUAUUGGGGGGAGGGUUUCCUAAAGAAAGAAGCAUUAUAUUUUUGCCUGUAAAAUGUAUCACUUUACAUAAUAGUGCUGGGUUGGACUAAUGUGUUUAGCAUCUUCCAGUUCAGAGUCCCAAAUAGCUAUACUUGGCAGUACGGAUCGCCAAUUCUGUGAAUCUGUGCGGCAUCUAAAUGAAAAGUGUGGGACCAAACAAUAGCAGCACAAUCCUAUGCAUGUCUACUCAGAAGUGAGUUAAAUAGGUGCAUAGCAUUGCAGCCUAGCUGGGUUUUAAAAGACCACUUAUCAAUUGAAUAUUUAUUGUUUGAAGCGCAAGCACCCCCUGGAAAAUAUAGAUGCUCUGAUUUAAAGCUGGCAUGAGGUGCACAUAAGCCUGUCCCAGAUCCAAGACAAAGUUCACAGUCAAGAGAAAGUUAAUAAUCUUACCAGUGGAAGAAGCUGGUUGUCUCUUGCUUGACUCUCGUUCAUUUUAAUGGGCAUUUGAGCAUGAUGAAAGCCCUCUUCAGGCAUUCAUAUUAAGCGUAAACAUGUGACGGAAGGCUGCAACGAUGAACCCACCCUGCCCAGUCACUGUUAGAGUGAAUGUAUGAAACAGCGAGCUUCCUGUUAGUUCCAUGUGCCACAGCCUUGACUUUCUAGCUUUCUGAAAUGUGUAAAAAGCUCCCAAAAGUACAGGAGAGUCCCUGUUCCAUCUGUUUCUCCCUCUCCAACACACAGGGAGCUAUGAGAACAGGAUCAGAGCUAGUGCACUCAUCCCUGCAGUCUGCCUCACCUGUUUACACAGGAUACGAAGACCUGAAUACGGCUUUACUAGCUUUGGACUGGGGCUAAAGGACUUCACAUAUUUGUUGUGGGAGCGAAUAUGUCACUUAUCCCCCCAUUUGCUAGGGCUUCCUUUUUAAUUUUGAUCAGGGCAUGUUCCUUGUGUGCAUAUUGGAUCCUCUGUAUCAGGGCAAUAGAAUAGUUCAGGUGUUGGUCCUAAAAGUACUAAAGGAAAAGAGGAAGGUGCUAUGGAAUCUUUAAUGAUAAAAUCACAGAUGAUUAUAAAGCAGGCAUAGGCAAACUCGGCCCUCCAGCUGUUUUGGGACUACAACUCCCAUCAUCCCUAGCUAACGGGACCAGUGGUCAGGGAUGAUGGGAGUUGUAGUCCCAAAACAUCUGGAGGGCCAAGUUUGGGGAUGCUUGUUAUAAAGUAUUGUAUAUGAGCCCUAUUUUGUUACUCAUAGCUCAGGGAAGUUUUGAAAGCAGUUUUGUUGUUGUUGGGGGCAGAACAAGUCUGCUCUUCUGGGACGUGUGGGGAUGGCAGCUUAAAAAUCCACUGUGCUCUAUCCAUUCCACCAGGAGCAUGCAAGUCCUUGAGCAGCUCUUUGGAGUCUAGUUAAUUUUAAUUAUAAUGGCGUUUGCAAUAAGCAGAAGGCACAUCAUUUAAGAUGCCUUAAUGGGUUUUAUGUGGGGUAUGUGGGUAGGGGGAGGGUAUUCUUAGAAUGCAAGAAUAGUUCAAAAGGUGCCCUGUUUUCAUGCCUUUAUCAGCUCUAUAAAUUCACUGGUGAAUGCUAUUUGAUUUUUAAUUCAGAGUUUGGCUUUCAUUUUUAUAUUAAAAUUUUGUAAGGUGCUUGAGUUCUUUCUGUUUUAUUUUCAUUAUAUUGCAGCCUUCUGGUUUUCUUUUAUGUAAAAGAACAUUAGAAUGCAUUCCUUUCAGUUGGUGGUUAAAAACCCCACUAAACUCUCAUUUAUUUUUAUCUCUUUCUUGUCCUGCCUGUUCUGUUGUUUCCCAGCCCCUCCUAGGAUGUGCUCUUAUCAGGAAAAUUAAUAUGGAAAAUUAAUCUAUCUCCAUGGGAAAUAUUCCAAUAGUUUGAGACUAGCUUUCAUCUGCGUAAAAAUACACCCUCCUCAUGUGAUCACCUGAUAUUAUUAAUUGUGAUAAAAAGUAUUUUUUUUCCAUGCACAGUCACAUCUGACAAAAAAAAAGUUGUGUUCAUAAAAGUGGGCCACAUCCUUUUAAAAGCAUAAAUCAGUGCAGCUCUGUUGGAGCAGCUAAAGUUAUUUUCACUUAAAAGCAUGCCAGACUCAAGAGUCAUCACCAUGUUUCAUAAAGUUGGGAUACACUAUGAUUUGGAAGAAAAGGAAUUGACCGAAUUAUCAAAUUCUGGACCAGCCAGUUUUGCUGCAAGGAUUAGCUUUGCCUAAGGCGGGGGUGGCUAGUCCAUGACCCUAUGGAAUUAGCCCCAGCCGCUAUGGCCAGAAGUCAAGGAUGCUGGAAAUUGUAUUCCCAACAGCAAAGCCACAGGUUCCUUAUCUCUGGCAUCAGAUCUUAAGCAGAUGUCCCUUUCCAGUUUCUAUGUGGGAUUAGCACUGAUGGAGGGAAAGUGGGUCUCACUAAUUCAGGUGUUCAACUCUACUUUUGAGCAUAAAAGCUUGCUGGAUCAGGUCAGUGUCUUAUCUAGUCCAGCACCCUCUUCUCAUAAGGGCCAAUUGGAUGCCUGUGGGAAGCCCAACAGCAGGACGUUAGCUUUCAGCAUGUGAGAAGAGGGCAGAAGAGGGACAAGUGUGCUGACUCUGUCUUUGUCCCCAUCCCACCCUGGUCCCCAGGGGGUAAGCUGAGAACCUUUCUCCUGUGCAAUGUGGGACCCUGCUCAUGGUGGUGAAGCCCUAAACAUGUAAGCGAUCAUUGGAAGAGGGCGUGUGUUGGAUUAGGAUAUAUGACAGCUUCCCCGGUGUAUGUUUUCUCUCAUUGGGGAAGUGGAAUGUCACUGUUUGCAGAUCACACCCUUAGUUACUAUUCAAAGCACUUGUGUCAUGUAAAGCGCUGCAUCAAUUUACACUGGGAGAAGGGAGUUGUCCGUUUCUCUCCUUUCUCUGUUGUAGUUCACAAAAUCCUUUUGCAAUCCGUAAAAGCCAUCAAAAAGCUAAAGCAGACCUGAGAGACUCUAAAACCUAGGCGUGGCUGUAUGCCAAAGCAGUGAGAAGACCCAUGUUACAAGCUGACCUUGGCUGCAACUAGUAGCUCAAGAUGUUCUGCCCCUCCUCUUUCAAUCCAUCACCUUCUUUAUCCAUUUUCAUUCUUUGCAUGGGUCCCUCCCCCAAUGUUCUUUUUCUGGAGGAUAUGGGGAUGAUUGACAGGACUCCAUGAUAUUUGCCUCCAUGUUGCAAAAGUGGCUACACACAUUCCGAGAAGUAUUAAUUUUGACCAGGCCAGCUGUCGGCACAAAUGACAAAGAAAUUAAUGUUUAUUUCCAGUGUUUACAUUUCAUCUCUCAAUGCAAGCCGCCUUUUGCCCCUGAGUGCAGGUACCAGAGGACAAGCUGGAUGCUGGCGUGUAUGACUUCCUUUUUCCUGUUACUGUUUCUGUGUGUGUUUUAAAGUGAAAACUGACAAUUUGGAAACACAGCCGCUGCUACAUGUAUGUUUUUUGUGUUCAGGUAUCUGCUUGAAAGCAAAGUGAGAAGCCAUCCUUGUAUGGAGUUACAGUUCUCCUUAGUUUCUUAAAAGCUCUGUUGACACAUGCAUGCUCAUUAUUCCAUGAGUGCAGCACUCGGUGGUGACUUGCGUCUGUGAAAGAGCCGUUGUGUCACACGCAGAGCAUUGAUCUCACCCAACAUCACUUCAAACACAAUGUUGGGAGGUUUUUUCCCAUGUAAGCACAUUAUAUAUUCAGCUGCAAGUAACCAAAUGUUGAGUAACCAAGGUAAUGUACAUGAACAAGUCCUGCACAAAUGGCUCCCAUCCUUUCUCCUCUACGUUGUCUAUGUUGCCAAUGUUAGUCUUGUGCUUUUCUGAUAAACCUUGUGUUGUAGAGGACCACCUAUACAUGCGCAUGUAGCAUUGUGGCACAUCUGUUCAGGUAUUUCACUGGCUGCUAGUUCAAGGGAGCAAACCAGAUGUUUGGGAAAGGUCCUUUGGUUCGGCAAGUACAGUGCCGCAAGCCAGCCCUAAUGUUAAACCAUAGUGCCAUAGUUUCUGCAGACACUGUAGCAUGCAUUUGCCCCAUUAACGCUCUGUUGGCUGUGUGCAUGACUUGGUGGGCCAUUGCAGGUGUGUUCUUGAGGCAUGUAUGGCUCAUAGAGCUCAGAUCUACCGAACACAUCAAUUCUUAAAAACAACAAGGACACCUUAGGACAUCUCAUGGGAGCCUCCAAGGUGCCGAGCAUGGUGCCUAAUUGACAGUUGCUUGUCAUGGGGAAGAUCAGUGAGUGCAGCACCUCCUGUCCUGGUGCUGAACAGACAAGUGUGCACCUGCCAGAUUUUGACUUCCUGCUCAGCUAUUUGGCAUAUUGAACUCACUUAGAGCAAGAACUGGCAAACCUAGAUCCGGCUCCUGUGUCUUCAAUACCAGGCAGCAGGAAAAGAUUCACUAACGGCCCUUGGAGUGAUUGGAAGAAGCUGAGUGUGUGACAUCUCCCUGCUACACAUUUCAUACCAGGAAUGGAAGCUUCUUUAAGGCAGGAUAUAGCAGCCCAUCCAAGUAUCCAUUUCUCCCUGGCCUCUGCUUCCCCAAAGCCUGUUUCUUUUGUGCAUUAAGGUAUGGCACUGAAUAACGUCAGACAAAGAUUCCCAUCUCUUCUGUUGUAUAAUAUGACAGAUGGAAUCCUGUGUAAUGUGUCUCAGGUGUACUGUGUUUAAAAAUAAAAAUAACUUUUAUAUUUAAUGCUUAAAUUGUCAUAUUAAACCUACAUAUGAAGAAGAG